GCUGUUUUUCCCUUCCUCCCCCGUGGAGCGAAGAUGGCAGCAGCCUGCAGUGGCUGGAGGUGCCUGCGGCACCUCCCGUGGAGGCUGAGGGCUGCUGGCCAGGCGGCUGGGGUGGGGCUCCUGCGGGCCCAGAGCAGGGGGUACUGUAUCCCCUUCGGGACAGGACGCUAUGCGCGGGCCUGGGCACUGAAGGGCAGCCGCAUGCUGGUGGGGGCUGCUUUUGCCCUAGGGGGCACCGUUGGCCUCUUCCAGACUCUCCUGUAUCCCCUGAAGGCCCAGGAGCACCUUGCAGAACAGCAGGCAGCCAAGCUCCCCGCAGGUAGCCUGCAGUUGACCCUGUACCAAUACAAAACCUGCCCGUUCUGCAGUAAGGUGCGAGCCUUCCUUGAUUACCAUGGGGUGCCUUAUGAAAUUGUGGAGGUGAACCCAGUAAUGAGGAAGGAGAUCAAAUUCUCCUCCUACAGAAAGGUGCCCAUCCUUUUAGCCAACGCUGGAAACAUUCUGCAACUGAAUGACUCUUCAGUGAUCAUCAGUGCAAUAAAGACCUAUCUCGUUUCCAGGAAGAAGAGUUUAGAAGAGAUCGUGUCAUUUUAUCCUCCUAUGAAAGCUGUGAAUGAGCAGGGAAAGGAGGUGACAGAGUAUGGGAACAAAUACUGGCUCAUGCUGGAUGAAAUGGAGACCCAGCAUGUGUACCCCAUCAAAGAAGCUCGGGUGGAGGAAAUGAAGUGGCGAAAAUGGGCAGAUGACUGGCUUGUUCACAUCAUCUCCCCCAAUGUUUACCGCACACCCAGGGAAGCCCUGGCUUCUUUCGAUUACAUUGUCCAUGAGGGCAAUUUUGGCACCGUGGAAGGCUUUUUUGCCAAGUACUUGGGGGCCGUUGCCAUGUUCUUCAUCAGCAAGAGGCUGAAGAGCAGGCACCAUCUCCAGGAUAAUGUCCGAGAAGAUUUGUACAAAGCAGCCAAUGACUGGGUAAAAGCUGUUGGCAAACACAGACCAUUCAUGGGUGGCAGCCAGCCAAAUCUCGCUGACUUGGCAGUGUAUGGGGUCCUCCGAGUCAUGGAAGGGCUGGAAGCCUAUGAUGACAUGAUGACUCAUACCAAGGUUCAACCUUGGUACCAUCGCAUGGAAAAGGCUAUUGGAGAGGCAGAAAUCAUGAACUGGCAACUGCUGCAGCCGCCUUACUAAAAUCUUUGCACAGAAAAACAUUAACAAGGAAAGACCUCUAUUUUAAAAAUAAAAUGCACUGGCCCCUC